AUGAAUAAUGUUCAUGCAUUUAUCGAUACUGUACGAGAUAUGCCCGCUGUUGGUAAUAAUUAUCACCAAGACUCACUUAAUAUUUCGAAAACUGUUUCAUUUCAAGGUAUGAAGCCAUGGCUUGUUCAUUAUCGUGUAACGCAUUUAUUUGAUUACAGAUGGUUUGAAACUGGAGCGUAUGAAUGGCAUUUACAACGAUUGAAUGCGUUAAAUAACAAUAAUAAACUGAUUAUCGAAUCAAAAAUAAAAAUUCAUGUUGAUGAUAUUUUAACAUAUAUAAAUCACCAUCCUGAACAAGGCGUAGUUAUUGAUAGUGCCCAACAUUUAUUUAAUCCAUUAUUUCAUUCGCUACCCGAAACAGGUUCUUUACUAGACUAUACUUGUACAAAAAUGCAAUUAACUGAAAAUUAUUUGCCGUGCAAAACAAAAAGACCAGAAAUCAUUAGUUUGUUGACUUCAACAACAACUUACACAUUAAUAGUUGGAAUAUACGAUGUCUUUAUCGAUAAAUGCGGUACCAUUUCUACUCAAAUUGCUCAAUUUCUAAAACAAGAUUGUUCUAAUUCAGAUACAACAGCGGAAACUAUUCAUUAUAACGAACUCAUUCAUGUCGUUGGUAUGCAUAUGACAAAUCCUGCUUACUUUGUAGCACAUUUCUUACCAAAAAUCAUUCGACUACUCGCUGUGACUCCAGAAACCGCUUUACUCUUAUUACCGUUGAACGUCCAGAUAAUACGGGAAUACGUGGAUCUAUUAGUUAACCGUGGUUUACUUGAUAAAAAUCGAACACGUCUGGUCAACUACGAGUCCAAUAAAUUUUACCAUGUCGAUGUUGUUUACUAUUUUGAUGAUGCACCGUCUACUCUAUCAGCAAAUAGUCACUACCAUCGAUCAAAUAUGCAGUUACUUCAUCGCACAUUGUCCGAUGAUUUAGUUAUGAAAAGUCGAGAUUUAAUUAUUGUUAUUAAAAGUCGUGCAAAAAUGGCAAGUAAUUACAAUAGUUUAAUUCAAAUAAUACAUCAGUUAGUUCUACCUGAUGAUCUCAAUUAUUUACAAGUACAUGAGUUUAUAGCAAACGAAGGAAAUGUUAAUGAACAUAUUAGACAAUUCCAACGAGCUCGUAUUGUUAUUGGAAUACAUAGUGAAGAGCUAGUUAACAUUGUCUACUGUAAACCAGGCACACAUCUAGUUGAAAUAGGCUACGAACAUAUGUCAGACAUGUAUUUUAAAAUAGCAACCCAUUCUGAUCACAAAUAUUGGUUAGCAAUAGGACACGGAGAGACCAGCGAGACAAUACAUGUUGAUAUUGACGAUUUUAGAAACAUAUUAGUAAAAUUAUACAAUGAAAUUGACGUUGGAUGA